AUGAAGGUGCUUCUUACUACAUUGCACUUUGUUGAUCCAGGCUAUGGCAAAAGUAUUCAGUUUUAUGUACAUGGUGAAUACUAUCACGACGAUCAUGGCGGCGGCAAUGAGAACUCCGACUCCGAGUGCUCCGACGACGAGGAGGUCCUGAGCGGCGCGAUCGGGCGGUGCGGCGGCGAUCCUGUCGGAGUUUCUUCAUGGUUUGGGAUAGAACAUCAAUUUAAUCAAAUUUUUUAUUUAUCAAUAGGUAUUCGGGGUCCUGAUAAAAGAGAAGAAAAUUCCAAGUACAGUAGGCCUGAGACACGAUGCAUGUGUCAAGCACGCAUGAAGAUAAGUCUCACGGAUGGGUUGUACUACAUCUAUGAAUUUGAGCCUGAGCAUAACCAUAUUCUUGCUACUGCCAUCCAAGCCCAGUACUUAAGAUCUCAAAGGAGAAUAACUACAGCACAGAUUGUCAGUGUCGAAGCUGCUAAAGCGGUUGGGAUUUCAAAUAAAGCCACUUUUGAUCUCAUGGCAAAAGAAGCCGGUGGAAAUGAGAAUCUUGGAUUUACGCGUGAAGAUAUGAAAAAUAAAUUAUAUUCAAAGAGAUCAAUGAAGGUAAAACAAGGAGACACGGGAGGAGUGUUGGAAUAUUUGGAGAAGAAAGCAUCAGAAGAUGGGAAGUUUUUCCAUUCCUUUCAGGUUGACGAUGAUGACUUGAUAACGAAUAUUUUUUGGGCUGAUUCUAAAAUGGUUUCAGACUAUGAAAUUUAUGGUGAUGUCGUUUGCUUUGACACAACAUACAGAAAGCUAAAUGAUGGGCGUCCAUUCGGUUUGCUAGUUGGAGUGAACAAUCAUAAGAAAACUACUAUUUUUGGUGCUGCACUUUUGUAUGACGAAACUGCUGAAAGUUUUGUGUGGCUUUUCAAAACCUUUUUAGCUGUUAUGUCAGGCAAGAAGCCAAAGACCAUUUUAACUGAUGAAGAUGCAGCAAUGGCAAAAGCAAUCAAGCUAGUGCUACCAGAGAGUCAUCACAGGAUUUGUAUUUGGCAUAUGAACCAGAAUGCAUGCAAGCACCUUUCUGGAGUUGUGGAAGAAUAUAAGAAGUUCAAUACAGAUUUUCAAAACUGUAUUUAUGAUCAAGAGGAUGAGGAGGAUUUUAUAAACGCGUGGAACAAUUUGCUAGAUAAGUAUAAGCUACAAGAAAAUAAAUGGCUCGAAAGAUUAUUUGAUAAAAGGGAGCAAUGGGCCUUAGCAUAUGGACGAAAUACAUUUUCUGCUGAUAUGGUUAGCACUCAAAGAAGUGAAAGCAUGAAUAAUGAAUUGAAGGGAUAUAUUAGUGUCAAAUAUGAUAUACUUACUUUUUUUGAGCACUUUGACAGGUUGGUGGGAGAUAAAAGAUAUGAAGAGGUAAAAUAUGAUUUCAAAGCAACACAAAGUACACCAAAGUUGAAAGCAGACCUGACAAUACUAAGGCAUGCAGCAAAAAUUUAUACCCCAGCAGUAUUCAAGCUAGUACAAGAACAAGUGAUGCAAACACUAAACUGCGAUCUAUUCUAUUCUGGUGAUAUUGAUGCUGAAAAGGUGUACAAAAUAAAGGUUUAUGGUAAGAAAAACGAGCAUGUCGUAAAGUUUUCUGCACUUGAAGGUCAUGUGAAGUGUAGCUGCAAAAAGUUCGAAUUUGCUGGAAUCUUAUGCUGCCAUGCAUUGAAGAUACUUGAUAUUAACAAUAUAAAAAAAAUUCCUGAACAAUACAUACUCAACAGAUGGACAAUUGAUGCAAAAGUGGUUCAUAUAAAGAGCAACCCUGAGAUACAUGAAGAUCCCAAAAUAAAGCUAUCCAAACGCAGAAAAGUGUUGUGUAGAAUAUUCCUUCAGUUAGCUAACCGAGCUGCAGAAUCCGAUGAAACAUACUCUAUUGCUGUGAACAGUGCAGAGAAAUUAGCAGAGGAUGUGGAGAAAAGCUUGAAAAAUAGAGGCGAUACAGAUACGGGUAGUUCAUCUCAGCCGCAAGGUUUGCACUGGAAUACUACUUGCCUUAACCCCACAUAUGCCACACAAUUUAUUUCUACACUACAACCAGACCAGGCUAUAAAACCAAAAGGUGUCAAGGUUAAGGAGAAGGCAAUCCAUGGAUCUGACAGACCAAUUGGUGGAUUUGAGAAGGCAACACAAAAGAGAAAAAAGAAUAAGAAUGACCCAAAGACAUCUGGUUCUGCAUCUGGUUUUGAGAAGGCAACACGAAAGAGGAAAAAGACCAACAAUGACUCAAAGGCAUCUAGCUCAGCAAUGGAAUCAGAUAUUGUGACACAUUUGCGACCACAAGUCAUAUUGGUAUAAGAUUUCAACAUUAUUUACUAUUACUAUUAUUAAGACUAGUCACAUAUUCAGUAGUGAUAUUCAAAUCCUUUUUCUUGGUUUGAACAGGGCCACUUAGGGACUAGUACAGAUCAACAUCACAUACAGACACCAGGCUACUAUCAAGGCUACUAUCCAGUUGGAAAUGCUUUUACGCAUCCAUCCUUCGGUUCUUUCUUUGGGACCCCUGGUCAUGGUCAACAUACACAGCAAGAAAAUACCACUCAAUCAUUUGUUACAAAUCCCUACAAUAAUAUGUUUUCCCAUUUUAAUUGAACUAUUGAAAGCCACAUCCUUUUAGGCCACAUCCUUUUAGGAGAAUGGAUGUGUUCUGUGCACUAUCUAUCGAAUCCUUUGUAUCAAACAAUUUAUCUUACCUAGGAACUAUAUUUUCUGUGUUUUGUAAAAAACAAUUAAUAUAAUUUCAUUUCUGUUCACAAACUAAUCAACUGAUUGCAAGUAUCACACUGAAGUGGUAAAGUACAUAUUCCUCACGAAAAAAGGGGGAAGGCACAAGACAACUAACCAAACUAGAUUUGUCAGGGGGAAGAUUCUUUGCUCCGACAAGAGGACCUUGAAGGAUACACCAUCACCAUCGUAUUCACAACACCUGCUGUCACACCCUCCCAGCUCGAUGUCCCACCAUGGUGACCUUGACUGGACGCAAUGACGAGGAAACCGCAAAAUAGAAAUCCUCACGAUCCUAAUCGAGAUCUUGCAGCAAGAAUCGAGGUUGUAGCCACCCAAAUCGAAAUCUUGCAGCCGGAAUCGAGGUCCUGCCCACCCAAAUCGAAAUCAGCAAUAAUCGAGAUUCCGCAGACCAAAUCAGCUCCCUACCACCGUGAUUUACCUUGUUGUUCCACCAAUCGAACUUCUUGCUAUUGGAUGUAAAGUCCCGCUGAGAUCGAGCUCUUCGAUUUGUGCAGCAGCUAGGCGGACCAGCUUGGAGGAGAGAAGGGGAAAGGAUAGAACAGAGGACGGAGCGGCGACAGACUAGAUGGGCUGACGGUUCCGUUUCCUGGUGCCGUGCGAUAACGAUGGAAAUUAGUGGACCUGCCUCCUGGAGGGGAAGCCAAUAGGUGGUCUCCACGUGUGGAGGGACACAUACGGAGACAUGCAAAGGAGACAGAGAAGCCGCAGCCAUUGCGGCUGUGCUUUAGCUGUAGUUGAGCUGCGUACAUACUGGCAAUUACAAAUUGGGGUUUGGAUCGACAAAUUUUGGUAUUUGGUGGUGCAAGUUGGAUUGUGGUCUUGCAGGUGCACUAUCUGUACAUAAAUUUAUCACAAGUUUUCAGUUUUGAAUCCAUCUUUUAAUUUUGUAAGAGUCCUCUGUUUCGUUUCUUGUGUAGUAUUUCUAUGGGUGUUAAUAGAUCAUGGUUCUCAUACUUUUUUCACAAUCCAACUCAGUCUUAUAUAUUUUCAACCAUAUAUUUUUUUUAAAUCAUAUAAUCUUAUAUCCCGAUUCUUAUUGAGCCCGAUCAUUAAAUUUGCCUUGUCUCUCAGACGCUAUCCUUUCCUUGUGGAUGCUAUCAAAUGCUUUCCUUGUGGACGAGGUGGAGCUCAA